AUCAAAAUCUCUAGUCAAACCGUCCUAUAUCAAUCGCACGUUUAAGGCAACCUUCACUCUCGCUCCACCGCCACAAACUCAAUUGGCUGUUCAUGGCCGGCACCAGCUCUUCCGUCACUCCUAACGUCGUCGGAUCCACCGUCGUUGAACUAUCCAGGAACUCCCGGACCGGAGCUCCGUUCUCCGUUCGGAUUUCCUCCAGGAGCAACAGUGUCUCCAACCGCGACGAGCGUGGACCGCCGUCCGAGGGACUGUCUUGCAUAUUCGUCGGCCCUAUCGAGACUGCCAGCAAAGAAACCCUAGAGUCUCUCUAUCGUCAAGCACGCGAUGCAUAUUACAGUGGGAAACCUUUGAUAGUUGAUGAUAUGUUCGAUAGAGUAGAGUUGAAAUUGCGGUGGUAUGGGUCAAAAUACGUUGUCAAAUACCCACGUUGCAGUCUCAGGCGGCACUCCACUUACGCCGAUGCUGAGGAAGAUCCUUCACAGGUUUUCACAUUAGCAAGUGUGUGGCUCUUGUUUCUUGGUUUUGGCUGUUCAGCCUGUCUUGUACCUAUAAUCUACACAGUUGGGCAAGCUUAUCAGGAUGCAUUCAAUUCAGGAUUGUACUACAGUAAUCAAGCUUCUUCAGGAGCAUUUCUUGCCAUGCUGAAUGGCAUUUUCUUCAUGGUGUUGGGCUCUGUGGUUGGCUAUCCAAUUGCUUCAGCUUCUGCUGGAGCGCUGCAUGGCCUUUGGAAAAAUGACUUGGUAGCACUAAAAGGGGCAUGUCCCAAUUGUGGGGAGGAGUCACAUCUGGGAAACAAAUUUAAUAGUCAACUUCCAAUGCGUCAAGUGUACAAGUUUAAGCACAAAUUUUCUGCAGGUUUUUGCAUUUGUGAGGUCCAUUCAGUCAAAUAAGUCUCCCCAUAGAGCAGAAUGUCAUGUAUGUGAAAGCUUCCUAGAGUUCCGAACCAAGGUUGAGCAAUCCAUCCCAACACCAGGUAAACGUUGGGUUUAUGGUCGCAUUUACUUAAUUCGGCGAAGGGGUGGGAACCAACAUCAAAGAUGGACAUGAGAGGAAUGCAGUAACGUGGUUGCAAGUCCUUGCAAUUUAUGUGAUUACCUAGUCUUGUGUACAGUAGCAGGAUUCUUUCCUUUACCUUUUCUCACCUUUUUGGCAAGUUGUGAUGAUCCAAACAAACAGAAAUAUUUUUGACGAACUAAUCAGUAGUAGCAUGGCUUGGAUCAUGGGAUGUGAUCCAUGGGACUCUCUCCGGAUUAUAUUGGUAGAAUUGUACUGUUGCUUCAAGGAUAUUCAAAAUGGUGUUUAAAUAAAAUGAGAAACAAAUACCAUUUACAACUAUUAGGCUCGUGUAAACUUAGAACAGGCAUCACAAUUUGCAUUGGUUGAACUUGCAAUUGAUUCAUCUGAACAUGAUCGGGCGAGAUGGGUUUUUUUCUUCUUCCUAUUGGUCUGUGGUGAAGUGUGAAUUCAACAGAUAUGCACUGCCGUCUACCUCUGAUAAUCUGUUGUCCCCAGCAAUACUAUCGACUGUCAAGUUAGUUCUUUCAUGUCAAAGCUCUUGUUGAGGCUGGGUGUUAUUGGAAUCCA